AUGGAUCUUGGCGCCGAGCAGUUGGACUCACGAACCACGGCCUCGGAGCCAAGAUCUAGGACCACGUACGGUGCCACGCCGUCGCCGAUGAGCAAUCCGGGAAGCAGGGCCAUGUGCACCGGCUUCACCGUCAUGCUGCUUUCUGUCAGCGCGGGCAUAAUAAUCCACUCCGGCGCCGGCGGCUUCGGCUUGCUCCUCCUCUGCUUCACGGGGGUCCUGGUCGCCGUCGGUGUCAGCAUGACCGAUGUCCCUGCGGCGUUCGGCGGUGCACAUGCUCUCGGAGCGAACACCGCCGCCGCCGUGGGGCUCGUCAUGGCUUCCUGUGCCGUCACGGUGGUCUCCGGCGAGACAGAGCCCGUGCUCUGCAUUGCAAUGUUCACGCUGCUCUUGCUCGGGGUCUCCCUGAUCAACGUGGGAGCUCGUGCUGAAUAA